AUGUCGGACGCGGGUGUGUCCCACACGGCGGAGGAGGCGGAUGUAGGCGGCGCUGGAGGCGGAGUUCGGGGACACAAGCGACACCUGUCGGGCGAUGGUGAUACCAGCUGUGCGUCUCCGCCGCCCUCGGUCACGUCGUCGUCGCGGAACGGAGGAGACGGCGACGCGUCCAAGAAGAGGAGGACGGGGCCGGGGAGCCGCGGCGUGGCGAACCUCACCCCGGAGCAGCUGGCCAAGAAGCGUGCCAACGAUCGUGAAGCCCAGAGGGCCAUCAGAGAGCGAACAAAGCACCAGAUCGAAAGCCUGGAGAGAAGGAUCCAGGAGCUCACAUCUACACAGCCGUACCAGGAGCUGCAAGCCGUCAUCCGGUCUAAGGAGGCGGUCGAGGCAGAGAAUGCCAGUCUCAAAAAGCAUCUGGCCUGGAUCGUCUCUACGAUACAGCCGUUGCUCGGCGGGUCGCAAGGCCCGCCAUUAGACAGCAGAGUCUAUCCUUCGCCAGGGCAGACAUAUCUGCCUGUGCAAGCACCCCCUCCAGCUGCCCCCGUUCCGGUGCAGCCUGGCUCGACUCCUGGAAGCGCCGUGUCGCCAGGGCCCGGCACGAUAGAAGCGCAGAUCCAAUGGAAGAACCCGUCGGCAACGGGCAAUACGGCUGUGCAGACGCCUACUUUCUACCAGGCGAAGCUGCUAGGUCAACAGAAAUACGAACUACUUCACGGCCUGGACCUCGGGCCCGAACGUCUUGGGCUCGACUUCCUCCUCGACGCCUCGCAGCAGAUCACCCGGAUCCAGCCAGGCCAGAACGGCGCACAGGACUCGCCCGAAUAUCACCACGCACCCAUGAGGCACGAUGCCACAUACCCCGGGGCCAGCGCCUCCCCGCCCGAGGGCACAGCCACCGACAUGAGCCCAAGGACUGCCAUGAGCCAUCCCGGCGGCGAUCACAACGUCCGGCGGUGGGCCACGCCCCUAAACCACUGCCCGCCGACAUGCCCCCUCGACCACCUGCUGCUCGACUUCCUCAGCGAGCGCCGCCAGCGCGCCGCCGAGGGUCUCUCGACGCAGGAGAUCAUCGGCCCGCGCUACCCGUCGGUCUCGUCGCUGCUUAACCCGCAAAAUAGCCGCUUCUCGCACCCGCUCUCCAAGGUCUUCACCGACAUCCUCGCCACUUUCCCAGACAUAUCGCGCCUGCCCGAGCGCGUUGCCGUCCUAUACAUCAUGUUCCUCAUCAUGCGGUGGCAGAUCAACCCGUCGCGCGAGUCGUACGAGCGCCUCCCGCCCUGGUGCCGCCCCUGCCGGGCCCAGCACGCCGUCCCCCACCCGGCCUGGAUCGAUCACCUUCCCUUCCCCAUCAUGCGCGAGCGCCUCGUGCACGACUUUGCCGACGGGUCCCUGUCCCCGGAGCUGUUUGACGACUUCUUUGUGCCCUUUACGCAGACCCUCUCGCUCAACUGGCCGUACGAGGACACGGACACGCUGCUGCAGAGCCCCGAGGGCGAGGAGCUCAUGAUCAACCCGGUCUUCGAGCGGCACCUGCGCCGCCAGGAGAACUGGACGCUGGGCGAGGCCUUUGACAAGGCAUUCCCGCUGCUCGCGGACAUGUACAACCUCAAGAAGGACUCGGGGGCGAUCGUCUUGGCCAAGGGGAAAGCGGUGGUGGCCUAG